UUCGCUUGCUAGUGAAACCACGAUAAAGCAGAGAGCUGCGACCAGCUAGUUCGAUACACACGUAAAGGGGAUUCCUCCUACAUUGUUUGUUCAUUCAGUGACUCAGCCAGCGUGUAACACCGUCGAUCCUGUACGGGGGCUAAACUGUUUAUGUCCCGGGAAAAACACGCUAGAAAGAUGGAGACCGUUCAGUUUUACGACGAUACACACAACCCAUGGCUCAACAAGAAAAAGACCAUGACGCUGGACCUAGUAAAUGGUGGACCAGUGAAGAAAAGAACCACGAUUGCUGUUCUUUCUACGCCAGACGUUCAAAUGUUGAAACUGGCCUCCCCAGAACUCGAAAAAAUGAUAAUCUCCCAGCAAGGAACGGUGUGUACCACACCGACACCAACACAGUUCAUCUGCCCCAAGAACGUUACCGAUGAACAGGCGGCGUUCGCUCAGGGGUUCGUCGAAGCCCUUCAGAGUUUACAUCAGGGGCAACCGAACUCACAAGGUGAAGGCGACGAUGACGAUCAAGACCAAGAGGACAACCAGAUUGCGUUCAUGCAGGUUAUCCAGCAAGCCCCGUCACAACAGAACUCAUGUAUUGUUACAACGGCGAACGCCACCGCCGCGGCGGCCCUGGAUUACAACCCCGCCAUGCACACCACCACAAGUCUGCCCGGUGCUACUGUGAGUUACCCAAGCCGAAGUUCCGCCAUCGCCUCGACGAUGUCCAUGUCAACAGUCGACACAACCGUCAUCAACAACGGGUGGUCGCAUGUACCGUCCCACAUCAAACAGGAGCCGCCAGAGCAGCCCCAAAUAGUACCCGUAUUCCAUGGGCAUGGUGCCACUCCUCCCUUGUCCCCCAUCAACAUGGAAUCGCAAGAGAGGAUCAAGGCUGAACGCAAACGGCUGAGGAACAGAGUAGCGGCUAGCAAGUGCCGACGACGAAAGCUUGAGCGUAUCUCCCGUCUUGAAGACAAGGUUAACGAUUUGAAAACACAGAACACAGAGCUUUCCACCACAGCCACAAAACUGAGGGAACAAGUAUGCCAACUCAAGCAGAAUGUAAUGGAACAUGUGAAGAGCGGUUGUCAAGUCAUGCUUGCACAACAACUUGCUUUCUAAACUGAUAAUGUACACUGCUGAACUCUUGUAAAUAAUGGAACAGUUUCAUCUUUAAAAAAAUAUAUGUAAAUAUUUGUCAAAGGUUUUCUUCUUGAGUUGGAAAUUUUAAAGUACUGAACGUUGGGGCGGGCCUCACGUGCUGGAAAAAAGUGCUGAGGAUGAUUCAAAACUGCAUGGUGGAGCAAAUUUCCAACUUAAGACAUGUUAUUGUUAUGCGAGAUAUCGUACAUAAAUUUAAGCCAUAAAUUGUCGUUUUACUACAAGAAAUGGUACAAUUAAAAUACAAAUCCGUAGGAUUUUUAAACCAAAUCUCUUGUUAAAUCUUCUGAAGAAUUGCUUUCAAAGUCUUUUUAAUAAAGGCGCACUUAUCCGCAUAUUUGAUUAGGAGUAGAGGAAUGGGGUUGUGAACAAAGACCAUUCGACCUUCGCGCAUGCAUAAAUGAGCUACUAUCGAUCGAUUUCGUACUGGGUAGAACGUGCAUAUUUUACCGUCGCCACACACACCGACCGGACCGUACAGUACACCAGUCAGUGCAUUGAAACCGCCGGCCCAACAUGCUAGCCUGUUUCCGCCGCAUGAAUUUUGCGAUAUAAAUUUAUGACCAAGUCUGCAUGGACUGAGCGAUCGCCUCCGGCCAUGCGUUUGCAACCUAGCUAUUUCAGACGCUUUUGGGGGUGAAAACUUGAAUUUUAAUUAAAAAAUACCCGUUGACAUAGCCAGCUAAUACAACCCUCUUUCGGAGGUUGCGGUUGGUGUAUGUUUUUGCAGGCGAUGUGUGCUGAUAAUAAUACGUUGUGGCCUCUGUAAUUUUAUGCACAGUUCAUGCCAGUAUUUUAUUUGGGGUCAUGUCAUUGACCCAGAAGGAAUUUAUUAUUGUACAAGGACAGACGAUUAUUGUUGUCUCUCGCGAGGACAGAUUGCCGCAGGAACAGGGUUUAAAAUCCUGAUGGUUUACAGGGUUGAGGGUUUUUGGCGAGGUGAAACAAACAAUUGAAUGAUCAUUAAUCCACUCUAUGGGUUAAAGUCUGCAUGAUAAAUUGAAGUAAACAUUGCCAAUAUUAAUGUAUACUGUUUAUGACAUAUUUUCUGCUUUAAAUCAUAAUAUCAUUUGCUUGUUUUCAAAAG